AUGGAAACCGCUUGCUUGCGCGGUUACUACGGUACACGAGUCGCAUCAUCGAUUUUCAUAGAAGACAUGGCCGCCUCUUGUAGUAGGAUUAUUCUCCCACACACACCAACGCCUGCUUCUGCGCUCGCUCGCUCGCAGGCACGCACGCACGUGCGCGUUUACCUGCAGGACAAUUUGCCCUGCUCACUAAUCUCAGGCAACGCCACCACCAACUGCCUCGACGAAUCGACCGGCUUGCUUUGUCUUCAACGUGCUCAAGAUCUGGAUGCAUUCAAGGGAUGGGCGCUUAGUCAGUGGUUUGAGUGUACCGGUGAACCAAACUCGCUUAGCGCCAGUGCCAACGCUGUUUACGAUUCCAUUCCAAUCCUCCAGGCCACGCGUUGGCGUCCAGAGGUCAAGGGUACUUCAUUGAAGCUACCGCCGGCCUUCAAUCGAUUAGGGAAGCUGGGGAAUACGUCUAGGCUCUCUCGUGACUGGCGACAGGAACGACAACCAGAGAUUGGCAGCAUGUGGCUAAAUUACAGGAAACUAGAGCCUCUAGACAUGAGUCAUCACCUGAAGAUUGAACAGGGGUGUCAGAAGAGACGAUCAGAGGAUGAAGGAGGGGGCAAGGAGGAAAGUGAUUGGUUCCCGCGGCCCCACGAGACGGCAAAAUGA